GCACUGCGUUUCAACAUGGCGUCUCACAUAGCCACUUGACUUUUAUCAACAACAGUGAAACGCAGCCAGGAGUUGAUAAACCACGUUGAAAACGUCAUUAAAUUUGAAUAUUUUUUUGACAGAAGGAUGAAACUGUUGCUUGCGGUUGUGACACGACUUAAUAAACCAUCUUUUUGGACCCAGUGUGUUCGCUGCCAGAGCUCCGGCGCUAACAGCGGCCUCUUACCUCUCGCAGACCCGGCUCUGAUCGUCGGCUCGAGCCGGGAACUGGUGCAGAGACUCGGCCCCCAGGUGGAGGUGAGGACCGGCUUCAUCACGGAGGAGGAGGAAGGGGCUUUUCUGCGAGAGCUGGAGCCAGGACUGAAGAAGAAACGCUAUGAAUUUGACCACUGGGAUGAUGCUAUUCAUGGAUACAGAGAGACUGAGCGUGUGAGGUGGGGUGAAGCGUGUGAGGAGAUCUUGAACCGUGUCCGAUCUGUAGCGUUUGUUGAGGGCAGUCCGCUCCUUGGACCUGUGCACGUCCUAGAUCUGGACAAGAGCGGCUACAUCAAACCUCACAUCGACAGUGUCAAGUUCUGUGGCAGCACCAUUGCGGGGCUCAGUCUUUUGUCAGACAGUAUUAUGCGAUUAGUGAAGGAGGACGAUGCCAGUGAACGGCUGGACUUGCUGCUGCCUCGAUACUCUCUGUACAUACUCAGAGACCAGGCCAGAUACAACUUCACUCAUGAGAUCCUCAAAGACGAGGAGUCCGUCUUCAAUGGGCAGAAGAUACCUCGGCAGCGUCGUAUCUCUGUUAUCUGUCGAAACCUUCCAGGCCAGCACCCACACUGAGUGGUUUGGGAUAUUUACAGAGCCAAACUGAGAGGACUGUAUCAGUACCUUCACUGAAAUAUUAACAUUUGUUUCAUUAUUGUAUUUAAUAUUGCUGCUAUAUCAUAAUGAUAUACAGCCAGUGUCCAAAAGUGGUUUCUGUUUUUGUCAGAACCAAAAUACUGACUCAAACACAGAUUAAACUGAUUUUUCUGAUCUUAACCAACUUAAUGGGUGUGUUAUUAUCAGGAUUUGAACAUGGAUGUUUUGUGUUUUUAUUCUUUUACUAAUGCACCAUCUGUGUUCUAUACUGAGUAUCAUUUGGAGCUUGAAAAUCAUGCAGCUUUAUAGUUUAUACAUACUGUAUAUUAUCUCAGUAUUGUCUGAAAGAACAGUUUAUUUGAUCAGUUCUAAAUAGUCAGUGGUUUGCAAGACUUUAUUGUGCACUUUACCAAAUAAAGUUUAAAAAAAGUCA